GUAUUGUGACUGGAACCCAACCAGUAAGGUUCAACCCUGUUAUGGUUGUUGAUUCAGCCAGAACAUCUGUGCCUGUUCACUCAUCCUUUGUAACUGAAGGAACUUUGGUUCAGACAGAAGGAUCGGUCCUGGGGCAAAGUAACCAGAUGCAGCCUACUUCAAAGCCCAAUGCCUCACCUAGACCCAGCAUAUUACGUAAGAGGGACAAUGAUGGCUCACCUUUGAAGGCACAGAAGAAUCUGGCUCCAGUUUUAGCAGCUCUAAGCAGUGGUGCCCCAGUCUCUCCUCCAUCACCACGACGUCCUGAUUCCCGUGGCAAUGGAGGCAAUUCUUCUGGUGGCUCUACUACCAUUUCAGCUACUUCAUCUCCAGGGCUGGGUGAAGCCGGAGAUGAUUCAUUGCCACCAAUAAAACAAGAACCAGUAGAAGAAGGAGAGAGACCUCCAGUUGAGAUGAGCCCUCGUAAAAAACCACGUAAACAACAGCUGUAAGUGUAUAUAUUUAUUUGUAGUUUA